GCAACGCUCGUCAUCAUGGCUCGUCCCAUCCCUAGCUGCGGCCCACCCAUGGCAUCAGUCAUGUGGUGGGCGCCGCUGCUGCUGGUGCUGCCGGCCGUGUCAGCGGCUGACCCCGCCCCCUGGUGGGCCAGCGCAGUCUACUACCGGGUGCUGGUGGACUCCUUUAAAGAUGGAGAUGGCGACGGACUUGGGGACUUGAUGGGAGCUAUAAAACAAAUCAGCUACGUGCGUGCUCUGGGGGCCGACGCGGUGAUAUUGUCCUCCCUGGUGGCCAGGAGCGCGGAGUGCGCGGCGCCCGGCGUCCUCGACCACACGCUGCAGGAUAAUAGAUACGGAAACCUAGAGACCCUAACAGCCCUACUGGACAAAGCUAAGAAACUCGAGUUAAAAGCGGUGAUAACGGUGCCGCUGCAGACUGUCAGCUCCAAGUCUGAAUGGUUCGGAGCCAGCGCCAACAGGACUAGUGGGUUCGAAGACUGGAUCCUAUGGAAAGAAGGCAACCCUGACGAAGUGCCUCCUGCAGAACCUGGAGUCCCAUUUUGGAUAUGGCAUGAAGAACGAAAGGCUUACUGGGCGUCAUCUAACAGGGAAGCUAUCCUCAACCUCUGCUCGGAAGGAGUAUCAGCUGCUCUAACGACAGCACAGUGCGCCUGGCUGCGGCGAGGGUUCAACGGAGUCCUGUUGACGCCAGACUAUCCAGUAGACCAGUCAUGUGCUGAAAAGCUGGUUAGAAAAAUGGCUGCCGAAGCUAUGAGCUGCGUCAGAGCAUCUAACCUUGAGACACCGGUGAUACUAGUAGAGUCUUCGCAAAGUCCGGAUAUAUCAGCGAGGUACUACGCGGAUGGUGGAGUGGGCGCCAACAGCGUGCUGAGCACGGCGAUGACGGCGUCAGUGAGAACCACUGCCCCAGACAUGGCCUUGGCGAUGUAUGCCGCAAUACUGAACGCGCCUGUUGAUGGCGUUCCAACUUGGAUGACAAGCUACACUAAUGAAAGCCGUCUAGCAACAAGAUUAGGAAAUGUGAUGGUUGAUGCAAUUAAUAUCCUAACCUUGACCCUUCCCGGGGCCACCAUUAUCCAACAAGGAGACGAGCUUGGGGCUGCCGACACUAUCCUGGAAAUGUCAGCCGCUGCCGAGACCUGCUGGCCCGAGCAGCCGUCGCCAGCUCUGGCUCCGUUCUCUUGGGAUGAUAAAGCCAAUGCUGGUUUUACAGGAGGAAAUCCUUGGAUUCCUCUGUCUCCAAAUUAUAGAUAUGCCAACGCGAAGACCCAAUUCAACAAUGACGGAAGUCACGCCGGAGUAGUGAGAGUCGCUGCUGCGAUGAGGAAGUCGCCCGCUAUUGGACCUCAUGUUGAGAUAAAGCGUCUGGGUCAAGCCGUAGCCGUACUAAGGUGGGGCGGUCACGGGUCAUUAAUGGCCGUAGCCAAUGUAGGGCGCGACCAGACCGAGGCCCAAUUGUCCCGAGUGCCCGGCCUGCCCGCCGAGAUGACCGUGGCUGCUAGUUCCGCCGGGUCGAGCCUGUCUCCAGGGUCCCACGUGAGUCUGGAGAAGAUCCUCAAGCUGUCUCCAGGGGAGGCGGUGCUGCUGGCCGGGGCACCGCGGCACUGCGGGGGCCCCGGGCCCGUCGACAAGAUCACCAGCAAACUGGCCGAGGGCUGGCAGAAGAUCAACAAGUACUUCAAUAAUUGAUUUGUUUAUAGUCAAGCAUAAUCCAUGCUACGUAAGUAAAUAAAGUUGUUCCGUUCCAAA